UGCGCAGGUGGCAACGCCAGUUCUGUGCACCACUGAUUUUUGUUGGGGCUUUUGUUUUAAGCCACUAUUAUUAAAACGUUGCAUUUGUUUAAGGCAGUGCGUUUACUAAACGCUACAAGCUGCUCACCCGCUUGACUACAUGGCGGAAAAAAUAGCCAGCAUGGAUAACACAGUGCCUGAGGCCAAGUACCAAAAACUUGCCAGCGAGUACUCAAAGCUGCGCGCACAGGCAAGCGUGCUGAAAAAGGCCGUGCUGGAUGAACAGGCCAAAGAAGCAAAUUUGCGCGAGCUAUUACGGCAGCGCGAGACGUCCUUGCGACGAACGGAGCAAGAAGUUGACUCCCUUGGUUUCCGUAACAAGCAAUUGGAAUCUCGAGUAACGCAGCUACAGCAAGAGCUGUCGGUGAACGAAAUGCGCAAGAAGAAGGAGUCAGGCAGGCGGGGACUGCUAGGGUCAAAACAGGACCCGGUAGCCCAUGAACCAGUGCAUGUGGAAGUCCAAGAAAGCGCCUCAGCUCAGGAGAUGCUUAUAUUUGAGGAACUGCAAAAGAAAAUUAUGGAGAACGCGCAGUUAACAUCUUUGAUUGAUGACAAACAACGCGAUCUCCUGUUGCACAGUGAGCGCAUAGCUAUACUGGAGCAAAAGCUAGAAAAGCGUAUCAGUGACCAGAAUGAGCUGGAGAAACGUUUACGCAAAGAGGUUGAAACGCUGCAGCAUAGAAACUCUGAGUUAGAAACCAAAUUGGUGGAUGCCGCUAGCAUGUUGGGCAGCGAAGACACUUUAAGCGCUACAGGCAGUGAUAGCACGCCGCUACACAAUACACACCAACAACUUCUUCAAGCCAACUGCAGCGUAGUGCAAACCGUCGAGGAACGCAUUCCGCUUCUGGAAAAGGAGGUUGCGCACUGGCGCACACAAUACGAGAUGGUCAAACUUAAUCAGAACUUCAAUCCAAACUCAAACAACAAGGAUCUCAGCAUGUCAUUGAACGAUGCUACCAUUUGCAGCUGUAGCACAGCCGCAGCAGGCGUUACCGUCAAGCCCAGCAGUAUUGAGAGCAAAAGCACGCAACGUGCGCGCGACUCGUUGCAGGAACAGCUUGAACCACCAACAAAAGAACAACUCAUUUACAGCGUAUUCAGCAAGAAAUUUGAGGAUUUGUUGCGUCUGAAAGUGCAGUCUGAAUCCCGGCAGCGUUCAUUUGAAAUCGAAUCAUUGCAUUUGCAAAACUGCCUGGAGAAUGCCACACAUGAACUGAAAGCCAAAGACGAGCAAUUGUCCAGUUUAGGUGGUGCAUUGCAAAUACUCGAGGAGGAGCUGACCACCACGCGAAUUAAUUACGAAGAGCAGAUUAGCGUGCUUACCGAACAAGUCAUUAGUCUAAGUGAGCAGUUGGCUGCUAGCAAGUAAAAAAGAAACAAAUGCUGCUUAACUUUUGUAAAUUCUUGUAAAAAAUGGAGAACACAAAAUCUGCUUACAUUUUGCAGAGCUUUGUGCACGGCUACAAUGGAAAUUUUUCGUAGACUAAAAAAAAAGAUUGUGUGUAUAUAGCUGAACAUAUAUAUAUAUAUAUAUAUUAAAUAACUCACUAAAUAAUGA